AUGUGCGCUUCAUCAAAGUUGUUGAACUUCUUCUCUGGCGAACGUGCUGCAUCUAGUGGGAAACGUGAGAAUCCGAAGGUGCAAUUUCACGACUGUAUGAUGGAUGUGGUACAACAGUGCAGCCCAUUUCUUCAAUCUUCUAAUGAACGAUAUUCGCAAUAUCCGGGUGAGUUGUUCACAUUACUUAGCUGCUGCGGCAUCCAUCUAUCGCGACACUCUUUCCAAGCGAGCGAAAGUGUUCGGAGAUGGUCGAGUUGGAAUAUCCGAAAGCUAAAGAGAGUUCACGUGUCGAUUUGA